CUUUUGUAAAGUAAACCCUUCCUCAUAAGCACCACAAGGACAUAAAUUUGACUCGACAUCAUGAACUCUCUUAAACAAUGGGUUACAAACUCAUCAGAGGCAGUCAACAUUCGUCUUGUGAAAAGUAUACCUGUCAUCAAUGAUGAGGAGGAAGACGAAGACAUUAUUGAAUUCAAUCCUGCUUACACAUAUCCGAUGUUCGGGGAGCAGGAACAAAUUUUUGGAUACAAGGAUCUUUUCAUCAAUGUUGAAUUUGCAUCUGGAUCUCUGGCAUCAUGUUUCAGUAUGGGAUAUAAGGAAAAGAAACCAAAUGCGGACAAAAUCUAUACCUCCAUGAAGGGCUUUUUACCAAAAGACAUUAUCGACAAUCAUGAUUUGUUCUCACAAAUUGCCCAACGGGAUCAUAAAGAGUUUAGACCAAUGGGUACUAAGGUUGCAGAGUAUACUAUCGACCGUGAAGGAUCAGAAAACAGUGUAUUCGAGUUUUAUCAGGCCAAUUUUGAAACGCCAAGGUUCUUGGAAUACCACAAAAGGCUACAAUGUUUUGCAAUUUUCUUCAUCGAAGGCGCAUCCAUUAUCGAGGAUACAGAUGAGAAAUGGGAGAUUCGUUUAGUAUUUGAGAAAGUUUCAGAGAACGGACAGGAAUCAUAUAACUUUGUUGGCUAUUGUAAUAUGUAUCCAUAUCUUUAUUAUCCGGAUCAAAUCCGUAUGCGGAUCAGCCAAUUCUUGAUUUUACCACCAUAUCAACAACAAGGACAUGGAAGUAGACUCUACCAAUCACUUUAUAAUGAUUUUUGCAGUCGAAAAGAGAUCAGAGAAAUUACAGUUGAAGAUCCAAAUGAUGAUUUUAGUGAUUUGAGAGACAGGAACGAUAUGAAGCAUUUGACUGCAAAAGGUGUUUUCAAGGAUAUACAGGCGCCUAUUAAGGCAGAUAGGAUAGCAGAAGUUGCCAAGACCUACAAGUUGACAAAGAAACAAGUAGCGCGUUGUUAUGAGAUGGCAUUGUUGAGGAAUUUGGAUAAACGGAACAAGGGACAAUACAAGGCCUUCCGCCUACAAGUAAAAGGUCGUUUAUAUAAGCACAAUGCUGAGGCUCUAGCAACACUUGACAAAGGGGAAAGAAUUGAGAAACUACACGAGACAUUUUUAGCAGUUGAGGAAGACUAUCAUCGGAUCCUGGCACUUCUCUAAUUACCCUUAUCCCCGAUUAAAAAUGUCUUUCUGUAUCAUGUAAUGGAU